AUGGAACCAGCUGGUGGUGGUGCUGCAGCUCAGUGCAACCGUAGCCUCGGGAAGGGGAAUACUAGUUCCUCCUCUUUCCGCCUCCGUAGCCCGAGUCUCAACAAGAUCCGUCUACGUCGAAUCUUUGAUAUCUUCGACAAAAACAACGAUGGCGUGAUCUCCCUCGAUGAGCUCAGAGAGGCUCUCGGCCUACUCGGCCUUAACGCCAAUAUGGCCGAACUAGAAUCGAUGAUCCAAUCACAUAUUCAACCUGGAAAUGCUGGCCUUACGUACAAAGAUUUCGAGGAUCUACACGUGUCGUUGAACAACGUGUUUUUUGGGUUGGACGAGGUUGUAGACGAGGAAGCACAGGAAGAGUCUGAUUUGUCUGAGGCGUUUAAGGUUUUCGACGAGGACGGGGAUGGAUACAUUUCGGCCCGGGAGUUGCAAGUGGUGUUAGGCAAGUUAGGAUUGCUGGAAGGUGGAGAAAUCGAUAGAGUGGAGCAGAUGAUUUCUUCGGUCGAUAGCAACCACGAUGGACGCGUAGAUUUCUUCGAAUUCAAGAACAUGAUGCGUUGUGUUACUGUCCCUUCUUCUUGA